UAUAGUGUGAUCUUGCGUGGGUGAAAUGUUUGUAGUGGUGUUUUAAUCGGCCUGAUAAUUCUUAAAUUUCAUGAGUUUUAUUGACAAAGUACAGAGGCGUUUUAAAAAAAAAAUAGCAAGAUAAGUCUCGCGUAUGAAGUUUCUAAAUUCAUGUCCCGAAAAUAAAAUCGUGCAUUUCUGUAACGUUCUUUGUUUGGAGUUGAGCCUUUUCUGCACAAGACGUCGAUGCUUCUGUUAAAGGUAUGGCGCCACUGACGUUUCAGUACAGUGGUGUCAGACGCCCACAGAGGUCGCGCUGUCAAGGUGAUAUUUCCUUCCCUGUACCUGUACGUAUGACGUCACUAUAACACAUUACAUAUAAGGGUGCAGGAUGAUAGAACGUUUAUCUGAUAUCAUCUUUGACUUCGUAUCAUCUGGACGAACAAGAGGAGAAGAUGGGAGAUUUGCUCGUCGAGGAGAACAUGUCUCUCUCAUCUAUGACUUCAAGACCAAGAUUUCAGAUGAUGACAUGCCUGGCUUUGCUGUUUUUCUCGGCGGUAUGCAAUUCAAACGCAAUAAACCCUUUUCCCAAAAGAUGGGAAGGCCAAGACUCACCCAUCACCGGGAGACACGUUCCUGAAAUUGGCGACUGCACGGAAGGUCCUUGUCUAGAGUGGGGUAAUUUCCAAGACGACGAAAGGUUGCUUCUCCUACUGAAUAAUAUUGACGAAGACAACAUUAACGGCGAGGAGGCAUUAGUUAAACGGGGCCCGCCUUCACCUUUGAACGCAGAAUUCAGCCUGAUUCCGGUUCCUGACACAAGAGCCCGAUUCCGGAAUUCGAACCCGUCCCAGUGUUCCUGCCGCUCAGACACUACCACCCAACUCGAUUUAGGUUUCGGGUAUUUUCCGAGAUACUGGUCACAUCUUAUAUGCAACGACGAGUCCUGUGGUAGUCCACAUUACCGCUGCGUCGCUAUGAACUACACCGUCUUCGCCCUCAGGACGAGCAUUACGGUCGACGAAGCUGUCCGACAUACCGUGAACCCCAACAACAGAUUCGAGGGCGUCAAUGUCACCGUUGCUUGUGUCUGUCAGAGGCAUUAUCCACAAGGUUAGAUGGAAGAACCAUGAAAAACCUCUUUAUAACACACAUCGAAGAAUCUCGUGUUCAGAAUCAGCUUAACACGACGAGCCGAGUUACAAAAUUUUACACUUUAUUCAUAAAAUGCAAAUGUCUACCAUCUCAUCAAACUUGUUUUUUUAAAAAAAUGAACAGAUUAUAUACAUAAAUAUAACAGCGGACUUUUUCACGCUAAAUGAACUUCGUAGGUUAUUAAACAGCGCUGGAUCAACUGUAGAAAUUUCAAUACUUCGAAUUAAACCAUAAUAAAACGUAUGGUGAAGACGGAAUAAUAUUAAGGCGUCGUAUUAAUUAUUAAUAAUGUAUUGGAUGCACUGAGGAAAACUAAGUAAUACCUGAAUAGCUACUUUCCGGAUGAAAUUAAAAUCAGUAAUACAGCCGUCAAAUUCUGGUAUUUGGGCUUUAACUAUCAAGAAUGCUUUGAUUAUUAAUGUUCGAACCUCACGAUAUUGGAGGAAACUAAUCCUUAUAAUUGUAAUAUCCUGUCUGUGGAUAAACUAUCAAAUAUUCUGAAACUUCCUAAGUUAUGAGAAUUAUAUCGGUCUAUGUUAUAAAGAGGUUUUACUACGAGAGUCAAACGAAACUAAUGAAAAGGUUCCGUUUAAUUACUUCAACUGUGUAUGUAAACACUUUCGACUGCAACCAGAAGUUUAUACUUCUCGUCUUUUCUUGUACAACACACAAACAUCCUUGUAAGUCCCAUUAACACGUGACGAUUAAGGUUAUAAGAGACUCUGAAAUGUCUUCAGUACUUCUGUGCGCAACAGUAUACCGGAACGCAUAUGAAAUAGUUGUAACUUUCAUAAUUUCUAAGACAAUUUCUUGGAACUGCUAUAGAAAAAAUCAAUGUCUGUAUUCAACAAAUAAAAUAAAUUAUUUGCACGGUAACAUGACUUGUGAUUUGUUUGUAACAAAUAUCUAUGUUCUCAAGACAGCUCAUAACAGGAUAUUCACGAACUAAAUACACGAUAUUAAAAAAAUGAAUAUAUUCUUAAAUUAUUAUCACGUUUUAUAAAUACUUUCGGACAUUUCAUUGUAGCUUAUU